AUAAGUUGGCGGGGCGAAAUGGUUAGAAAAGCGCUGCUCCUGUUGGCCUGUGUGCUGCUCUUUGUUUUUGGUGGUGCCCACCGGGAACUGGAAAAUCUGCUGGAGAAACAGCAGGUGGACUUGCAGUUGUCCAGCGAUGAAGUGGCGGCACUGCGUCCAUUGUACCUGGAGUUUCAGGCCCAAUACGACUAUUUGUACAGUCUGAGGCUCCAAAACGGCGAUGGCAGUGAUCAGAAUGCCGUCGAGGAGCCUGAAUUGGAUGCUAGCUACCUGCAGGCCUUCGAGAAUUUCCGCAGCCACUUCUCCAUUUACUUGGAUGAGAAACCCCGAGUGGUUUAUGACACCAAACUGCCCACCGUGGAGGAGAUUAUGGGAGAACCCAGUGCCGAUUUCAGCCCAGAUCAGAGGGCGGAAUACGAGGACCUCAGGGAUAUCAUCCAGGAUGUGAUUGACGAAGCCCAGUUUGGGAUCGACGACAUGGUGCAGCGAGCCAUCGACCUGGAGACGAUUCUGCUGAGCCUCAACAAGCCGAAGAUUGUGACCGCAGCCAUCGCGGGAUUGGGUUACAUGUGGAACUACUGGGGCCGCGGAAGCCAGGCGGCCUACUGCAGCUACUCGCAGGUUCCCGAGUUCCAGAUAGCCCUGCAGUCCAUCAACGAUGGCGUCGAUUGCUACUCCCGCACCAUGGCCUUGGUGCUAAGCAUCCAAAAUGAAACGGUGGCCGCCGUCAAGGAGGUUAAGAAGAAUGUCAGCGGUCUGGUGAAGAUCUACAAGAAGAUCGUGGCCAAACAGACGACCGUGGGAAAAAUCCUUUCGGGUACAGUGAACGCUCUGAGUGCCAUCCGCCGGGUUCACGACAUCAUCGCCGUGGGAAUCGAUGUUUAUGCCAAAAUUAACAACCAAUUGCCCGAAGAGGCUCUCCAAUCGGCGAAAUGCGGUGUGGUCUUUGUGAACAGCAUACCCCAAAUGCAGGAAACAGUCCAGAACCUGACGACUUGCAUCACCUACGUGAAUCCGGAGGCCCUCGAUUACGAGUUCACGCAUCCGGAGGACGAUCGCUACUGGAACACCGGUGCUGAGCCUCCGGAAAUUCCCCAUGAAAACGUGGUGGACGAGGAUGACGAUGAUUUCAAUUACCCAGAGCUGGACGACUAUGAGGAUCACAGAUAAGCAAAUGGAAUUUCCACCGGUUGAUAAGGGGAAUAAUAAACCCCAAGAUAAUAUUAAACAUCGAUUGUUGUGAUUAAAAUGCGGUUAUAAAAAAAGUGAUCAAGUAUACGUAAAAGGUAUGGGUAAACAAUUUAGAUCUUAAAGAUUUCA